UUCAUCAUACAGCAGAAACAGAGAUUAUGGAACAACUCAUGACAUCACCAAACAGGAACAAGGGCUUGCUAAAGUAACCAGGCCCACCACAAAAGCGUCAUCAACACAAAGCCAUUACCCACAUGGACGCUGGCCUACAAUUGAUCUGGAGGAUUCUUUCAGAAUCAAGAGGCGUCUCAAUGUCAAAGGACCCCCAUCACCUUCCGAUUCAUUAUCCAGCAGCAACAGUCAGCAUGAAACAACUCGUCAAAUCACAAAACAUGAGCAAAGAGCCACUCCAAGAACUAGAUACUCCUUGAAAGAAUCACCAACACCAAACUAUGACCCACAUGCACCCUGGCCCACUCUUAAUCUUGCAGAUUCUUUCCAAAUUAAGAGGAGACUAGACGUCAAAGCAUGGUCAACAACUUUAGAUGCAUCAUCUGACAGCGACAACGAUGAGGUAGUGACUAAUUACAUCAUGAAACCGGAACAAGAAACCAGAAAUGUAACUAGGUACCCCAUUAAAGCACCUCCAACACCAAAUUAUGACCCACAAUCACCUUGGCCCUCAAUUGAUCUUGAGGAUUCUUUCAGAAUCAAGAGGCGCCUCAAUGUCAAAGUACUUUCGCCACGUUCAUAUUCAUCAUCCAGCAGAAACAGAGAUUAUGGAACAACUCGUGACAGCACCAAACAAGAACAAGGAAUUGCUAAAGUAACCAGGUCCUCCACAAUAGCGUCAUCAACACCAAGCUAUUACCCACAUGGACGCUGGCCUACAAUUGAUCUGGAGGAUUCUUUCAGAAUCAAGAGGCGUCUCAAUGUCAAAGGACCUUCACCACCUUCAGAUUCAUCAUCCAGCACAGACAGUGAGCAUGAAACAAUUCAUCACACAACAAAACAUGAGCAAAGACCCACUCAAGUAAAUAGAUACUCCUCUAAAAGAUCACCAAAACCAAAUUAUGACCCACAUUCACCCUGGCCGAGUCUUAAUCUUACGGAUUCUUUCCGAAUUAAGAGGAGACUAGAUGUCAAAGCAACAUCAACGACUUUAGAUGCAUCGUCCGACAGUGAGAGUGAUGAUGAAGUGACUAAUUACAUCACAAAACCAGAUCAAGACAACAGAAAAGUAACUCUGUACCCCAUUAAAGCACUUUCAACAAGUUAUGACCCACAAUCACUUAGGCCCAUUGUUGAUCUUGAUGGUACUUUCCGAAUUAAGCGGCGUCUAAACGUCAUACAAGUGUCAGCAACUCCAGAUUCAUCUUCCAGCAGCAACAGCAAAAAUGAGAUGACAUUUCACCCCACAAAACAGAACCAAGGAGUCACAAACACAAUCAGGUACCCCAUGAAACUGAGUUAUGACCCAGAAGUACCAUGGCCAUCACUUGAUUUCAAGGAUUCCUUCUGGAUUAAGAGACGAUUAGAUUUCAAAGCACCAUUACCAACUUCAGAUUUAACAUCCAGCAGUGAAAGUGAAGAUGAAACAAUGUAUUACACUCAAAAACAGGGCCAAGGAAUAACCAAAAUAACCAGUUAUGUCCCUAAUGCACCAAGUUAUGGACCACAAUCUACAUGGCCCACACUUGAUCUUGAAAAUUCUUUCCGAAUUAAGAGGCGUCUGGACAUCAAAGUACCUUCACCACACUCAGAUUCUUUGUCCAGCGGUGACCGUGAGUAUGACAUCACUCAUAUUAUAAAACAGAACCUUGGGACCAGAAAAACUCACCAUCCCAUAAACGUAUCCCGAAGAAUAAGUUCUGACUCACAAUCAUCUUGGCCCUCACUUGACCUUGAGGAUCCUUUCCGAAUUAAAAGGCGUUUAAAUUUCCAAGUGCUGUCACCAACCUCAGAUUUAUCAUCCAGCACCAUGAAACAGGAACAAGGGACCAUAAAUUUAGCUCGGUACGACAUUGCAGAAUUGACAAAACCUGGGCAUGAUCCACAAGGACUUUGGUCAUUGCUUGACCUCGAUUCUUUCCGAAUCAAAAGGCGUUUAGAAAUUAAAGCUCCAUCAGCGUCGACCUACAGCAGCAACAGUGAGGAGGACACAUUUGUGGAUGGACAAAGACAAGGGUACUAUGAGACACGGAAGGGAAGGUCUUCAACUGAACCCUCCAAUGUGUCACAUGGUGUUAAUCAACCAACCAGCUCAAACGAACAAGACGAUACUAAUGCUGAUGCCACGGAGACACAGGCACUGCCCCGGGCAUAUUUGGGUGUCAGCAGACGUUUGGAUAUCAAAGUGUCAUCUCCGCAACAACUGGUUGCUGAUAGAAUUUCUCCCGAGGCUUCCUAUUCCAAAUCAAAUUGCUCCACAAGUGACAGUGACGAAGAGAACCAAGCCUCGCUCAAGGUUGCACACAAGAGUUCCAUUAAAUCACCUGCGAUCAUUGUCCCUCGUAGUCCCAAAAAAGAUCCCAACAUCAAAUUAGAAAAAUAUGUCAUCGUUUCCGAGACCCCGGAGGAUAAACUCAGCAAUGCUACCCCAGAAAUAAACUCAGACCUUCAGUCAAGGUGGGCCAACAUGCAUCUUGGGUUCUCUCGCUUCAGAAAGCGUCUUGAAAUCACAUCGCAUGCAUGCGAACCACCUGUGGUGCCUCUCAGUGAGAGUGACCCCGAGCAAACAAAUCAAAAGCAUACAGUACUUGGCUCGCAAGGAAACGCACACACAGAAGCACCUCUAACCACUGCGCAAAAUCACGACAACACUGACCAAUCAGCGGUGGGUCCGACAAUUGAAGGAAAGUCAAGCCUAACAGGUCUGCCACGUAUAAGGAUGUACCUGGAUGUGAUGGCUCCUGCAACUCUAAAACAAGGUCUGGAUUCAUCAAGCAGCAGUGAGAAUGAAGCUGACUCCACAGAAUAUUCACAAUGGAGAGCAAAGCCCCAUGAUCCUAGGCUUUCUUCUUCGUAUGCAACUCGGACUGUCGAGACCCAACAGACAGCGGAGAAGUCGCAGGUUGCCACUGUGCCAAGGCAGCCUUCCUCCGACAAUUGUGAAGACGAGACGGGUGAGGUUGCAGAAGCCAGCGAGAUGACGGAGGUUUCGAGGUCAGUUACACCACAGAGCGACUCGCCGAUACCAUACCGACGUUUAAUUAUCAAGCCUUCGUCUCUACCAAAUGAUACCUCCACGGGGGAUCAACAUACUGAUGGAAUGACUACACUACAUGGUUCCUCUUACAGGAUGAAUCAGAUGUGA